AUGGCGGUGCCGCGCGCUCCGCGUCCGCUCCACGUGGCGCCCGCACUGCGCGCCGCGCGCGCCCGCCCGCCCUUUUAUCGCCUCGGCCGGCGCCUCCCACCCACCAGCGCGAGAGGGGGGGAGCGGGGGGGUGCUCCCCCUGGAGGUGUGUCCACUCCGCGUCCCUGCGGCCGCAUGUCGGCGCUGGAGCGUGUCCGGGCGGGCGGCCGGAGCCUGGAUCGCCGCCUGGCCGCGGUGUCCGGCCGGGCGCUGCUGGCCGCGCUGCGGCGGCUGCGCGCUCUGGCCGCGGCCAAAGGCGAGUGGACGUGCGGCGUGCUGCUGACCGCCCUGGAGCGGCUGGAGGGGCCGCCGCGGCCGGGGCCCUUCGAUUUCUACGACCCGCAGCGCGACGCCGCCCCCGCGCACCGCUCGGACUGUCCGUGCUGCCGGCCCCAGGAGGAGGAGGAGGAGCCCAGAGCCGGGGAGGAAGGCCCCGAGGAGGAGGAGGAGGAGCCCAAAUUUGGGGAUGAAGGCCUCGAGGAGGAGGAGGAGGGAGAACCCAAAAACGAGGAAGAAAACCCCGAGGAUGAUGAAGGAGAACCCCAAAACGAGGAUGAAGGCCCCGAGGAUGAUGAAGGAGGCGAGGAAGGCCCCGAGGAUGAUGAAGAAGCCACAUUUGGGGAUGAAGGCCCCGAGGAUGAUGAAGGAGAACCCCAAAACGAGGAUGAAGGCCCCGAGGAUGAUGAUGGAGGUGAUGAAGGCCCCGAGGAUGAUGAAGGUGGAGGCGACGAAGGCCCCGAGGAUGAUGAUGGUGGAGGAGGGGAUGAAGAUUAACGGGGGGAGGGGCUGAGGAGGAGGAGGAGGGUGGGGAGGAAGAUGAUGGAGGAGAUGAUGGUGAGGCUGAAGAUGAGGAGGAAUUUUGGGCC